GAAGUCAUUGUCAUCGUCGUCCCCGUCCCCCAUUCGCCAUGAAAGUGGAUACUGUUAAAUUGAAGAAGGGCUCCUCGGAGCUAACUUCCGAAUGCCGCGAAUUAAUCGAUGAGCUUACCAAACGGCGUACACGAGCUGAGCUCAUGGAGUUUUUGGAUACAGUUCAUGUCUGGAUCUAUGGCAAAUGUGAGCUGUAUCAUUGGAUUGAAAUCUUGGAUCGUUUUGAUAAAAUUCUUGAGGAAGCAGCCCGUCAUGUCAAUGGCAAUGAAUUUGUCUUGCAAUGCGACACAAAUUUCCCGGAUGUCACUCUAUUGCUUCAUGUACUGAACUUUACCACAUUGCUCAUUGAGCAUUCAUUUUCGCGACAUUUGUACAAUUCAAUUGAGCAUUUGACGCAGUUGCUCUCCUCUCAGAAUAUGGACAUUGUUUUGGCUGUAUUAAAUUUGCUCUAUAUGUUCUCCAAGCGAAGUAACUUUAUACCACGUCUCCCUUUCGAGAAGAAGGAAUUGCUAAUUGUGAAAUUAUUCAAUAUAGCUGAGCGCUGGGGUGAUCCCAACUAUGGCCUUUCAUUAAAGGAUUGCUGCAUCGGUGAGCCGAAAUUAGAAUUUCUCUAUCAGCUUUGCAUUGACUAUGUGGAUGAGCAUGGUCAUGCUGCCCAAUUGGAGAUACCCGAUAUGAUGGAUCUAUGCCACACGGCUGCUGCCCCCGAAGUGAUUAAAACUAUUGCCGGACAGAUCUCAAAGCCCAGCGAGGCAAUUAAAAUGCGCAUUGCCCAUCGAGUGCGCCUCAUUUCGGGCUUUAAUAAUUACAAGCUACGUCUACAAUUCGUUCAGGCCCGGCUACAGGCUGUCUCGAUAUUAAUUUAUUCAAAUGCUCUGCAGGAUAAUACAGAUAAGGUGUUAUAUGCUGGCUUUGGCGAAGAGCUAUGCGAACUGAUUGAUAAGGAGGAUGUACAUCUAGUGGAAAUUCGUGCCGCUGUCUUACGCACUCUCACCUCUAUGCUUCAUUUCGAUCGGAAUCCCAAUGUGCCCAGGGCCGGAUCCAGGCUAAUGAAAAUUGUGCAUUACACAGGAGCGGAGCGGCAAGGUGGUACAUUGCCGUUACUUGUACGCGACUGCAUUGAUAAUCUGACCACACACGGCUUGACUGAAAGAUAUCCUCUUAUUUUGGCCACUUCGUUGUUCUCGCUGCUCUAUCAUUUAGCCAGCUAUGAGUUGGGUGGCUCUGCUCUGGUUAAGAGCGGCAUGAUGCAGUCAUUAUUAUGCGUAAUUAGUUGGCCGGGAGUUGAUCUUGAGCAUAUAACAUUCGUGACACGUGCUGUGCGUGUUAUCGAUCUGAUCACCAACAUCGAUAUAGCCCGAUUCCAUCAGAAUAAUGGAUUGAAUGUCUUCAUCGAUCGCUUAGAGAAGGAGAUUAAAAGCUGCUGCAAGGCCUUGGCCGAUAUUGGCAUCACGCUGAAGGAAUCGACACUGCGGGACAGAGAUGAUGAUAACAAAAUGGAUAAUUCUCUUGAACAGGUGGACGAUGAUGAUGAUGCUGCCACAGAGAAUGCUUCAAAUGCAAGCGGAAGUGGCUCACCACGCGGUGAGAAUUCUAAUGAGGAUGCUGCUGGCAGUGGAGCCAGUGGUGUUGGAGGUGGUGCCGGUGGCAAUAUGGCUAAUAACCAAGCAAGUCGAUCCUAUCGCGUCUUUUUGGAGCAGGGCAACCAAAGCGGCGCAACCAUCACAAGUGGAGUUGGAGUUGGAGGAGCAUCCAUGCAGAGUUCGAGUGAAAAUCGUGAAUCUGCAACUGCUUCUGGUAGUGCAAAUGCUGGAGUUGCUGGCGGUGGUAAUGGCGCCGGCGGUGGCCGACCCAUUCAAUAUCCCGCCAAUAGUUAUUAUGCCCGUCCUUUAGCCGAACGGAAAGCAGAGCUUUCGACGCAGCUGCCAAGCAGUCUGCAGCCUAAGAAGCCCUCGUGUGUUACCCAGAGAGCCGCCUUGCUCAAGUCCAUGUUGAAUUUUCUAAAGAAGAGCAUCCAGGACCAUGCCCACUUCAGCAAUAUGCGCAAUAUUAUGGAGACCAGUCUUACCCAGUCAUUGCGACACAUUAUAGCCAAUGCGGAAUAUUAUGGUCCAUCGCUGUUCCUCCUGGCCACCGAUGUGGUCACUGUCUAUGUGUUCAACGAGCCAUCGUUGCUGUCGUCACUCCAAGAUCUGGGCAUAACUAGUGUGAUGCUGAAAGCUCUUCUCCAAAAGGAUGUGCCCGCCACACGUGAAGUUCUGGGCUCAUUGCCGAAUGUCUUUUCGGCGCUAUGCCUGAACGAGCGCGGCCUCUUUGAGUUCCUCUCGUACGAUCCCUUCGAUAAGGUGCUUAAGGUUCUACUCUCACCCGAUUAUCUGGUGGCAAUGCGUCGUCGACGCUCCUCUGAUCCGCUAGGCGAUACGGCUACCAAUUUGGGCAAUGCCAUGGAUGAUCUGAUUAAACAUCAUCCGUAUCUAAGAGCCGAUGCCACUGAGGCCAUAGUCAGAUUGCUUAACGAACUGGUACGCCUGGGAUCCGAUCCCAGUUUCAUUUGCUGGCGAGCCAACAAGGAGAGUGGUGUUGGUAGUGGAGCUGGUGGUUCGGCCAUGUCUAGUAGCCAUGGCAGCGGUGGUGUUGGUGUCGGUGGGCAUGUCCAUCAUGUGGCAUCUGCCCCAUCGCCCAUGGUAAUGGUGGCCGGGUCAGGCCAGGGAACCGGCGAUAACAACGAUAGCAGUGGCGAUGAUGAUGAUGAUGAUGAUGAAAUGAGCUCGGCCUCCCAGCAACAGCCAGCUCAAGCGCAAACAAAUCCAUCAACGCCAUCAGCCAAUAAUGGACGUACCCAGACGACAGGCGCCGAUGCUCCAAUUGGCAAUGCUGUGUCAUCUAUUCCCGUUUCUGGCACUGGAUCUACUGGAUCCCAGCAGCAGCAACAGCAACAGCAACAACAACAACAACAGCAACAACAACAACAACAGCAGCCACAGCAGCAGCAACAACAGUUGGUGCGCAGUAAUGUGGCACCUCCGCAGGAACGGGAAGCCAUUCCAUUAAUCGAUUACAUUCUCAAUGUAAUGAAAUUCAUUGAGGCCAUUUUCAGCAAUAGUCCCAAUGGGGAUCACUGCCGUGAAUUUGUUUUGCAUGGAGGGCUUAAGCCGAUAUUACAAUUGUUGUCUCUGCCAAAUCUGCCAGUGGAUUCACCAGUUUCGACCACCUCACAAGCUGUGGCCAAUGUCUGCAAGGCCAUAUUGAGCCAGGCCCAGGAGACCAAAGUCCUCGAUGUGGCCCUUAAGCAGUUGGCCGAUAUUGUGGCUCAAUUGAAGCCGCUUAUCAAACAUUUCACAUUUCCCGGCGGCAGUGUCCUAUUGGCGGAACUCGUCUGCUGCCAGCGUCUUGAGGAUGGCUUCUCCAAUGCCGAGUACACGCCCAUUUUGCACAACAUGAGUUUCGUCCAUGGCUAUGUCGUUAUGCUGGUCCAUCUCUGUCGCAAUGCCUCGAACGAGAUGCGAGCGUUUCUCCUGAAACGCUGGGGCCUGAACCGCGAGACAGGAGUUCAGUUGUUGCAACAAUUGGUCCAAUUGUAUAUAUCGCUGGUAUGGGAGAGCACAAUUCUGCUUAAUCUAUGCUCCGAUGAGCCCACUCAGCAUCCAGAUCUCAUUUGGGAUGAGAUUGCUGCCCAAAUGUCAGCGGCAGCCGGCACAGCGGAUCCCCUCACAGAGGCGGAAUUGUCUAGGAAAUUGGAACGUGCCGCCGAAUUCCGCACCAAAUACACACCCGAGGAGCAAUUUCGUUAUAUCAAGUCAUUGCUAGCGGCCAGCUCUCGACUGGGUCGAGCAUUGGCCGAGCUGCUGGGCACGUUGGUGAAAUUAUCGGUGGGUUCGCCGCAGACACGACAGCGACGCAUUAACGAUCUGAUUAGUAACAUUAACAAAGUACCCACUCCCGAGGCUAGGGAGAUUGCCCGGAUCUUGAGCUCCAUUCUGGUGAAUGGUUUCAGUCAUGAGAGUAUAUUGCCCAAACCAGUGCCCAAACUGAAGCUGACCUUCCUUAUCUGCUCGGUGGGAUUCACUGGUCCCAUGUUGUUCGAUGAUAAGCGCAGCGCCUUCCACCUGAUGAUCUCACAGUUCUGUGCCGAGAACGGCCUGAAGGCAUUCUUCGAGAUGUUCUAUUGGGCCUUGUCGCUGGACAACAAUAAUGGUUCAUCCAAAUUUCAAUUUGAUCAAUGGGCUUCCAUGGAUGAUUUAAUGCAAUCGCAUGAGGAUGACAAACGCGAUUGUCCCGAGGGCACUGGGGAAUUUCUGGAUGCAUGGCUUCUGCUGCUCGAGAAAAUGGUCAAUCCACGAGCCAUGCUGGAUUCGCCAUACACCAUGAGUCCACGUCUCAAUUAUCUGCCAGAUACGGUACCCUUUGAGCCGGUUUUCUAUCUAAUACACAUCCAUCAAUUGGCCAUGCAGGCGUUACGCAGGAUUUGGGGUCGUCGACCCAUACCCAAUUACGGACAGAGCAUGUUUGAGACAAUGAUAUUAAUAUUAAAACAUCUCAUUAAGUCACAUCAAAUGCUAUUGGAACGUUAUCACACACGGCUCAAGGAGAUCAAGUUCGAGAAUCUUUAUAUACGCAGCACAGACGAUGGCCUCAAUGCGGAUCACAUUAAGACGCUGACAGAUAUGGGUUUUAUGCAUUAUCACAUUAUUGAGGCAUUGAGGAGUAAUGCCUCCUUGGAGGAGGCAACCGAUUAUCUUCUUAACAAUCCUGAAGCAAGUGCUCUGACACAGCAAGCACCGCCUACAGCUAACCAGCAACAACAGCAGCAGCAACAGCAGCAGCAGCAGCAGCCAAAUGCAAUUGUAAAUCCUGCACCAGGUGGUGAUAUGGAUAUUGAUAUGGAACAACAACAACAACAACAACAACAGCAGCAACAACAACCACCACAGCAAGCAUUACCAACAACUAGUUCGAGCAAAAACUCCGGACCAAACACAUCAUCGUACGAUUACAAGCUAUUGAAGCUAAUGCCGCCAUUGGUCUUUGAUCGUUUCUGCGAUGAGGCCAUUUCGAGAGCCUUUGAGUUCAUGGAGGCCAUACCGGAUACAGUGAGCAGUGCGGCGGAUCUUAUAGCUGUCCUUUACAGACGCCACAAUCAUCUGAACAAGCAGGUGUUUAUAACCAAUUUUGUCAGGAAUAUCAUACAAUGGGUGGACUUUACACUUCAACUGUUUGAGCCCAAUCCUGCAUCGACCUCCUCGGCGGCGGCGGCGGCGGCGGCGGCGGCGGCGGCGGCGUCAUCAACAACAACAACUUCGUCAUCAAAGGCCACACGCCUGGAGGAAUGUCUCACCGGUAUGACAGCCACACGACUCUUUGUGCGCCUAAAGACAUCGACCUUGUUGUUGGAGGAAAAUUACAGCGACAUGCAUUUGCCUCUGGUGGAGGCCAUCACUGCCCAGGAUGCGAUGGUAUCGCUGGUUAAAUUGCUUGACUGCAUGAGUCAAUGGAUGUUGGAGCAAGCCGAGCAGGCGGCAAGGGGUGGAAGUGGGACAGCUUCCACAGUGCCACGUUGGGUACAGAAUCUGGUGGAUCUGAUUGAUGCAAUUGAUAGCAUUAGCCACAUUCUGCAGCGCAAAUCCAAUAUGCGAGCUGUGAGCAGCGAUGUGUGGCGUUGGUAUGACGCCUCCACUGGCAAAUGGAAUGCCUAUUCGGAUUCGAACAAUGAGCUCAUCCGCAAUGCCUAUGCGGCGGGCGAAAGAUGGCUGCACAUUAAUAUUGGCAGGCAACGUUGCACUGUCAACUUCAAUUGCAUGACCCAAGUGAGUGAAGCCUCUGGCAGUCAUCGCCCAGUCUUUCCGGCCCUCAAGUUAAGCGAGGCCAUCUCGAAUUUGCAUAAUCCGGUGGCCCUGCACAAGGUGGAGAAUGUUUUGAAUCGUGUUGUUAAGACUGCAACCGAUGGCCAAGGGACCACACAAACCGAUGAUAUAAUCCAUCUAAGGCAACUUAUUAACUUUAAUGAUCAGCACAAGGAGAAGGAGAAUCUACGGCCGAGUCGUGAGGAUCAUGGAGGAGAGAACCAUGACGAGGCAGCGGCUCCUCCCAUGACGACGCGCAGCAAAUCUCGUCAGAAAAGCGCUGCCGCCGCAGCUGCUGCCAAAGCGGCGAAGGCGGCAUUAGCAGCUGGCUCCCAUCCCUCGGCCAUUCCGACUCCCUUGCCAAAACGCACUCAGAUAAUCCUUUUGAACGAACAGGAAGUGGGUCUCAGUAAAUUUGAUUGCGGCCGCAUUAUCUCCAGCAUUGUGUCGCUCCUUCAGCCAUCCCAGUUGCUGCAUCAUGACACCAAGCUGUCGCUUUUGCGGCUUUGUGCUCGCCUCACCCGAAACUAUGACAACGCCCAGAUCUUUAUACGUUGCGGCGGUGUUCGCAUGCUGCUGGAACUGCAGCAAUCUUGCAGUUUUACAGGCUUCCCAACCUAUGCCAUUAUAAUCUUGCGGCACAUUUUGGAAGCACCGCCAGUUCUGCAGGAGGCCAUGGAACGUGUGUUGGGCAUGCGAGCCGCUGGCAUUGUCCCAGUGGGACAUCGUGAUCUAAUCUAUGUGCUGACCCAAGUGUCGACAGCCGUCUCAAGGAAUCCGCAAAUAUUUGUUGCCGCCGCCAAGGAGAUGCUGAAGGGGGAAUAUUUAUUAAACUCGAGCCAAAGUAGCCUGGCCGACGAUAGCCGAGUGAUGGUUAAAUCCCGUUUCGGUCAACAGCCGACAGCGGCAGCUGGUGGAGCAACAACAACUACAACCACAACGACGACGACGACGACGGCGACGACGACGAAUAGCAAUGCCGCCAAUAAUGGAACUCAGCCCAAAGAUGAUCUCAAGGAUAAUCCUUUGGUUCAGUCAUCAGUGGGUGUACUGAAGGAGCUAUUGGUGGCCUUAGUGCAGCCAUGUUGUCAUUAUGGAGGCACUGUCACGACUACAACUACAACUACUACCACUACUGCGACUACUGACCAGGCAACCGCCGAGCUUCAAACGGAUCAAGCAAGUGCAUCAAAUGAAGAAGAGGAACCAUCAACACCUUCAACUGCUAGUGGCAAAAAGUCGUCCAUAAAUGCUGGCCAGCAACAACAACAACCACAACAACAACAAGCACAACAAACAGACAAGUUUGAACCAUGCUGCUGCACUUGGCAUAUACCAACCAGUGCCCAUAAUCAUGUGAAACCCACACUAUCCCGGGCCACACUACUCAAACUGUUGGCGGAUGCCACACGCGCCUAUCAAUCACUUGUACCCCGCGUCCUGCUUUCCCAUGUCUACAAGUCAUCGGAUAGUUCGCUCAUCAUUGGGCCACAACAAACGUUUCUGGCUGUGGUUCUCGAUCGAUUUCUGCCACUCACCCAACGACAUCAUGUCCCCGAAGUGAGCACCAUGGCCAGAGUGUUGGUCUGCUCGUUAUCCGAUUGCUAUCAGCAGGCAGGUGUCCAGGUUCAGGUGGCCGAAGAGCUGCAUGCGGCUGUUGCUCGGGCUUUAGCCCAACCGGACUCUGCCGAGAAGCAUACGCGUCUGCAAGUGCUAAUGAGCCUGUAUCCCAACUUGAUUGAGUCACCAAUGCUGUACGACAAGGUCCAUAUGCAUCGCAAUAAUAUGUAUCGUGUCCUGUUGCGUCAGGGUGUCAUGACAUACCUGACCAAAGUGGCCCAAUACAAGGAUCUGUCCAAUCACAAUACCCUGAGCACUCUUGCUUCUAUACUGAGACCAAUGGAGAUUCUUCUCCGCUUCAGUGUGUCGACCACGACAUUGGGCUCGAAGCGAAUACUCUUUGGUGGCGGCGGCGGAGCAGGAGCCGGCGGCGGUGUUGGCGGCUCCAAUGGCAGUGGUAGUGGUGGUGUCAAUGGCGGCAGUUCCGGUGGAAAUUCGAAUGGCAAUGGAUCUGGAUUGGCCAGCACGUACAGUGCCAUCAUCAAUCGCCGGCUAUAUCCCCGUCUUGCUGCCCGGACUGCUGUCAAUGCGGCGGUGGAUCGCACCAAUGCUAUUGGGGGCGAGCAUGUCCUCCGGGACAUUAUACGCAAUGUCCUGUCGGAUCGGCGUCAUGCCUUUGAGUUUAUUUUCAACUCGGAUGACAUGGCUGUGGAUUCGGAAGAUUCGGCGCCAGUGCCAGGCAUUUCAAGUGCUGUUGGCCUGGGCGGUGGUGUGGGCAUUAUCGGAGGCAGCGCCGUCGGCAGCACAGCGGCAGUCAUCGAUGUCGUUGAGGAGCGUAGCAAUGGAGCUGAGCCGCAUGAUUCGACCAUGGCAAGUAGUUCACUGGGCGACGGAGGAGGAGGAUCAGUGGGCGGAUCAGGUGGCGGCUCUGGUGGUGGAUUGGGUGGCCCCGUGAGGCCGGUCCUGAAUUUUGAUCAAUUGUGGGAUGACUUUCUCCAAAGCGAGGGAUUACGUUUGGCCUCCAGAAGUAGCAGUAAUGCCAGUGGAGGAGGAGCAGCAGCAGGAGGAGGAGGUGGUGGUGGCGGCGGCGGUGUUGGCGGUGGUGGAACCGGCGCUGCAGGAGGGCUGGGUGGAACCAAUAAUCAAUCGAAUGGUAGUGUUCCUAAUGCUUCCUCUGGUGCAAGCAGCUCGAAUCCCACCGACUCCCGCAUGCGUGGUAAUUCGGAACUGGAUGUCAGCGGUUCGGGAGCGGAAGUUGGAGGCGGAAGCGUGGGGGGUGUUGGUGGCAUGAAUUCGACUAUUAAUGCCGGCAAUGACAAUGGCUUGGGUGGCAGUGAUGGUGCUUCCACCUCGUCCGAUACAGCACCGCCUCCGCCCCCAUCCAGCGGGGCAAGAGAUAUGAAUGCUCUAUUGUUGGGCGAGGUGAGCACUUCGGACUCCGAUUCAGAUGCCUCGACCGAGAACGAUGAGCGGCAUCAUGGCGAGGAUGACGACGACGAUGAUGAGCCCGAUGAGGAUGUGGAUGAGCAUAGCGAAACCGAUGUCGAUGAGGAGAGGCCGCGUCAAUUUAUCGAAGUCUUCGAUCAUAUAUAUGAGCCAGUAUCCUCGGAGACGGCCUCCAACGAUGCCGAUGUGGAUGCCGACGAUGAUGACGAUGAUGAGGACGACGACGAUGACGAUGAUGAGGACGACGACGAUGUGGAUGAUGAUGAGGAUGACGACGAUGAGGAGGAGCAUAGGAAUCAGGGGGUAGAUGUUAGCGAAGAAGAGCGUCAAAUAGAUUUGGCCUUGGCCCUGACUAGCUUAACCUCAUCCGGAUCAGCCAAUAAUCGUCCACGACGAAGUGCAGCCAUCAAUGCGACGGUAUCCACUGGUGGUGGUGAAUCAUCCGGCGGGAAUGUCAAUGCCCCCGAUGGAGAUGUCGACGACGAUGUCGAUGAUGAGGAUGGGGAUGCUGAUGAGGAUGCAGCCGGUGUGGGCGAUGGUGAUGAAGAUGCUGCUGGCACCUCUGACGAUGGCUAUCUGUAUGGACGCCUUGGAGAGGAAAGUGACCAUGUGAUGCCCACUCCACCCAGCAGUUUUCGUGUGCGGUUAACUAACUCGAUUGCUCAGCCAUUGGACAUUGAUGUUAAUGGCGGAGGUGGUAGUGGGUCACAUGCAGGAGGAGUCGGCGGCGGCAGCGGCGGCGACGGAGGCGGUGGAGGAGGAGGAGGAGUCGGUGGAGGAGUCGUCGGUGUUGGCAAUGGAGCAGGUGGAGCAGGAAGCUCAAUUACAUCUGCCACUCUGCGUCCCUCAUCGGAUUCAUGGAUGGCACCAGAUUUCAAUUUCAUUGGCCGAACAAUAGGUGCCGGAGGCAGUGCAUCUGUUAAUGGUGGCGGUGCUGAUGUAAAUGCGUUCCUAGGCACCCCAGCCAUUGAACGUAAUGUUGCCGGAAGCGGCAGCGGCGUCAGCGGCGGUGGUAAUCAAAAUAUGAGCAAUCUCCUUGAGGAGCAGCCAACGACAGCUAGUGGAACAGCUAGCGCUGGAGCAGCUGGUGGUGGUGGUAAUGGUGGUGGUGGCAAUGUCAACACCAAUGCCACCAAUGGCAAUGCUGGUGGAACUACAGCAAAUGGCAGUGGUCAUCCCAAUGCCUCGACAUUGUGCAACAAUGGUGUGCGCAGAAGAUUACUUUAUCUGGAUCAACAGUAUUGUGUCUGUAUGCCCACCCAUCAAAAUCCCACAGAGGAGACACAAAUGGAGAUAUUCACCCAGGAUGCUCUCCACUGGUGGCUCGAGGAGGCCAAAGCUCUUGAUAUGGAGAGUCAAACGGAUGCCUGUCUAUAUGCGGCACAUUUCCUUCUGCCUCAUCUGAUCAAGGAACUGAAGGUUGUCCAUCAGCAACGGAAGCAGGAGGAGGCCACACGACAAGCGGCGGCAAGUGCAGCCGUUGCAAGCGCUGCCACGCUUACAUCGACGCCAACGGCCACACCAACAACCACACCCACACCGAUUACCACGCCAGCAGCAGCAGCAGCAGGAGGAGCAGGAGGAGCACCAAUGACCAACACCACCAGCAUCACAGGUGGUGCUAAUCGGCGUAGUUCUAUACCCGUGUUAUUGCCUCCUAGUUUUGGUGGGAAUAGCUAUAGCAACAGUAGUACCACAGGAGGAGCUACGGCUGGAGGAGCCUUAGGAGUUGAGGGAACAACAACAACAGCAGCAGGAAUUGGUUCGACUGCUGCAACAACAUCAAAUGCCAGUUCCGCGGACUAUACAGCAACACCGACAACCACUAGCAGUAGCUCUAUUAGUAGCGGCGGCAGCGGUGUUGGAGGAGCAGGAGGAGCAGCACCAGCAGCUGGAACACGCCAAAGAUCUGCCUUAUUCCAACAACUUUUGCCGUAUAAUAUAUAUGCUGAAAUCGAUUUGACCCAAGAGCAGGAUGCAGCCGCUGCGGCGGCAGCAUCCGCAUCGAGCGCCAACACGACCAUCACAGCAAGCAGCAGUAGCUCCUCCAGUUCGGGCAGUGGCUUCUAUUUGAGUGAUGUUCUAGUCGACCAGCGUCGACAACAAUUGGCGUCAGCAGUUCAAUCGCAGAGCAGUAGCAGUAGCAACAUCUCGAUUCCACCACCUGCACCUCCAAGUGGUGGCCAUCACAGGUAUCCACCAGUUCCGCAUUUGCCAGGCACUGCACGCUCUUCGCGUCCGCGUCAACGAUUAAAUACGACAGACGAAUUGCCGCCGAGCUUACAACGUCGCAAUGCACCAAUAAUGGGCAGCAACUCAUCGCGGACCUCUGGGGCAUCGUUUAUCAAUCCCCGAUCCAGUCGGGAUUUGCCUGCCCGUUUGCAAAGAUUUGUACAGGCUCAUGCAGCGGCUGCCAGCACCACAAUGACGCCGCUGUCGUCGUCGUCGUCGUUGAUGACGAGAAACAAUCGCAGCUCAUCGACGGGAGCAACAUCAUCAUCAUCACCACCAAUGCCGCCAGUACCGCCAACACCAUCAUCAGCAGUAGCAACAUUUCCACCACCUGCACCACCCGCACCUCCCGCUUUUGCUCACUCACUCGAGGUGGAAGUUGAAAUGUUACCUGCUGGAACCAUGCAAGAGGAAUCGUCGCCACCUUUAGUUGGACAAGCAGCGGCUACAGGAGCGACAGCAGCACCGUUACCUCCCCCGCCGCCGCCACCACCUCCCCCACCACCACCUCCACUUCCAAGUGAGACAACGGCAAUAGCACCAACUCCAACCCAAGAUGCUGGCUGGAAUGAAAGUGGAAACGUUUCAACUAUAAACAGUGAAAUUGCACCACCAUUACCACCACCUCCACCACCACCACUACCAGCAGAAGAAUCCGCUAACGAAUCUAUACCGGACUCGGAAAGUUUACACGAAACUAGUUCAAACACAGACACAACAGGGGCGACAUCAGAUCCUAGUGAAAUGGCCUCUGCUGAUCCAACUUCUUCUGCCGUGGAAUCCGACGCGGAAUCUUCGUAUCGAACAUCAUCCGCAACAGAUACAUCGGCAGUAGCAGCAGCCGAGAGCGCCGCAGCAAGUACCACCGAUAUGAGUCCCGAGGUACGUGCCGCUCUCGGUGAUCUGGAAGUGCCAGAGGGUGUGGAUCCAUCUUUCCUGGCCGCUCUGCCCAGUGAAAUGCGCGAGGAGGUUAUUCAGGAGCAUUUGCGCAUGCAACGCAUUCGUCAGCGUGCCCAACAGAAUGCCAUCCAGAUAGCGCACGAUUCUCUAGUUGAAGUAAAUCCCGAGUUCCUGGCGGCCCUGCCGCCCAAUAUACAAUCCGAGGUGCUAAUGCAGCAGCGAAUUGAGCAACAACGUCAGGCGGCACAAAGUGCCAAUCCUGAAGAUCCCGUCGAUACGGCAGCGUUCUUUCAAAAUUUGCCCGAGAAUUUGCGACAGGCGAUACUUACCGAUAUGGAGGAAUCGCAAAUAGCUAGCUUGCCACCAGAAUUGGCAGCCGAAGCUCAGUAUCUUCGACGUGACUGGGAGUCACGCAAUGGUGCACGAUUGGAUGCCCAUCCGCCCAGCAAUGCAUUAUCACGCUUCCAAACCACACUGCAGAACUUCGAUGAGGCACGCUGGCAUAGUGCCGUGUGGUAUGAUGCCAGCGGGAAUGCCCAACCUCAGCAUCAUCAGCACACAACAAUUGUCCACCAUCAUGCCCAUCAUCAUGCCCCGAAUACGGGUAAACCGCUGGCUCUGCUAAUGAUGGAGGAUGAGAAUAUACUAUUGGAUCCAGACUCGUUGGCCACAUUGCUGCUAUUUCUCUUCGUUGAGGAUCAGAAGGUAAACAGCAUGCGAUUGCAUCGGGUAAUACGGAAUCUGUGUCACCACAAGCCUACCAGAGAAUGGAUUAUCAAUGCCCUGAUCAGCAUUGUCCAGAAGACGAAUGAGGAUAACUCAAAUUUCGGUUCUGCCGGCGGUCAGGCGGGCAGUAAGCCCGAAUGGCUUAAAUUGCGAGUAGAUGCCGCCUUUGGCUACAAGAGCAACAUAUUCCUAAUCAAUCGGAUCUAUGAGGGCAAUGCCCGGAGCAUAAGCAUUAAUCCGCAGGCAGCCCAGAUGAUUGUACGCAACUGUUUGGAUCUGCUCUUUGUGCUGGCCAAACACUAUCCGUCCAGUUUUGUGCCCUAUAAUCGUGGUGGUGGGCAGGCGGAUUUGCGUUCCCUUUACCGUCAGCAGGCAACCGCUCAACGGUUGCGUGGCAUACUGAAGGCCCCAUUGGAUGAGGCGCCAUCCACAUCCAAGGCGGCGGCGGCCAAAGCAGCUGCAGCCACAACGACCACUACAACGACAACAACAACAACAACAACGCCGUUCAGCAGUGGCAGCAAGAGCAGCAAGGCCAAUAAGUCACCACCCGCCGCCUAUCAAACGAAUUCAAUGAAUUUCUGGGAUGUUGUUUUGGCCAUCGACAGACAAACCCAAUUGCGUCUCAAUAAUGUUGCCCAAUUUCCGCUUACCUCGCAGCCAGCAUGGGAGUGGCAGGUCAAUCUGAGUGAAUUUCUAUCGUUCAGUGAAUCACCAUUUGGCCAGUUGUUGGAGAUGUUGCCGUACAAGGUGAUCUGUCGAUCACCUCAUCUAACUGACAUGCUGGUCAAGUUGCUGGCCUCAUUAAGCACUGAAUUACCCAAAGAGGAGGAGCAGCAGCAGCCCCCAAUGGGGAGUGAAACGCAGAUGCCCACUUUGGUGCCGCUCAACCAACAGCAGCAGCAAACAAAUGCUGAAUUGGGAGGCGGCAGCGGUGAAAUUGGUGAUACUUUGGCCUCCUCGAAUGGUGGUGACACGGGGACAUCAUCAUCCUCUCUCGGAGAUCCAGCGUCGGGUGAUAGUAUGACAAAUGUAUGCAAAUUGCCUCCAUUGAUUAUACGAGCUCCCAAUCCUAGUCUUCUCAAUCAGAAGCCACGGCGCAAAAUCUAUGCCAAGAAUUUCUCGCAAUUGCAAUUGGUGAUCGAGGUGCUUACCCAUCAGUGUGGCACCACCGAAGGUCUGGAUAAUGUGGCCAAACUGAUUGUUAAUCUCACUCAGUGUUCGCAGGCCUCGAAUGCCAUAUUCAUUCAGUACCUAACCGCCGCCAUUCUUGGUCUCGCCGAGGAGGUGCGUCAGGCUAUACAAACGUUGCUCUAUGAGAUUCGAACGUACAACAGCAAUCACAGUCAGAGCAGCUCCAGUCAGCAGCCAAGCACUUCACAGCAGGCGGCAGUAGCAGCAGCAGCAACAGCAGCAGGAGCAACAGGAGCAGGAGCAGGUGCCAGCAGCAGCUCCACUGCUACCCUCUUGCCCAAUCUCACCGUCCAUGAGGGCAUCAUGCAGGAUCGUUUCACUGCGGAGCAUGUCAUCAUAUCGGCACCGAAAAAUGCCAAACCCACCUGUGAACUGCAAUUGCCGUCGAUGAAGAAGCUCAUGUCCAAUUCAUCCGCCCAGCCAUAUUUUCUGCGCACUCUGAAAAUAUUCAUGCAGGUUCGGGAUAUGUAUGAAUGCCAAAUAAACCAUCAGGACAUUCUCCUUGACGAUGACAUCAUCGAUAUAGAGGGUGAUGGUGGUGCCUCGGGCGGCAGUAGUUCGGAUGCACAUGGAAUGUCUAGCAUGGAAACGAAUCAACAGCAAUUAUCAUCGAGCGGCGGCGAGGACGAAAUCGAAGAGCAAACAGAGACAGCUACAGAAACGGAGGAUGAAAGUAGUCCACCACCAUCCAGUGCUAUUCCCAUGGCGGCAAAUGCCAUCAAGUCAUCGGCGAAGCCGACUCUCAGUCAAAUCCUUUGCCUGGAUGUGCUGUGGCACACUCUAAGCGAAUGCCUUGUAGCUCUCGAGGAGUCCAAAGAUGAGUUUGCCGUCCUGGUGCUGCAACCGACAGUAGAGGCAUUCUUCCUCAUUCAUGCCUCGCAUCGUGAUGCGGCGGCCAAGAGACGAAUGCCAAUGUCGCCAGCGCAAGCAACACCGGCCCAUGAUGCCAGUGGAGCUGGUGGUGGUGGUGGUGGUGCUGUUGGUGCUGGUGGAUCUCGGCCAGAGCAGAGCCCAUCGCUAGAUGAGGGCAGCAUUUCUUCGGGAGGGGCUACCAAUUUUGAAGACGACCUACGAAUGCAGGAUAAUACCUCCUCUGGCAGCAUACCAGCCUCCACCUCAUCUCUGAGCGGCGCCGGCGGCGGCGGCGGUAACGUUUCACAGAGCAAUGUGACGAUAUCAGCGCAUGAGGCUCAACUCCGUCAGGAUCGUCACAAGUUUCUUCAAUUCGCGGAAAAGCAUCGUACAGUUCUGAAUCAGAUUCUCCGGCAAUCGCCAACACACUUAUCGGACGGUCCGUUUGCCGUCCUGGUGGAUCACACGCGCAUCCUAGAUUUCGAUGUGAAACGCAAAUACUUCCAAACCGAGCUCGAACGACUGGAUGAGGGCAUACGACGGGAAGAGCAUACUGUCAGUGUGCGGAGAGUCACCGUAUUUGAGGACUCAUUCCGUGUCCUUUAUCGCCUGGGACCCGAGGAGUGGAAGAAUCGCUUCUACAUUGUUUUUGAGGAUGAGGAGGGCCAAGAUGCUGGCGGCCUUCUUCGCGAAUGGUAUGUGAUCAUUUCGCGAGAGAUAUUCAAUCCCAUGUAUGCCUUGUUUUGCGUAUCGCCGGGCGAUCGCGUUACCUAUAUGAUAAAUCCAUCGAGUCAUGCCAAUCCCAAUCAUUUGAGUUACUUUAAGUUUGUUGGCCGAGUCAUAGCCAAAGCCGUGCAUGAUAACAAACUGCUGGAAUGCUAUUUCACUCGUUCGUUCUACAAGCACAUCCUUGGCAAACAGGUCAAGCAUACCGACAUGGAAUCACAGGACUAUGAAUUCUACAAGGGUCUGGACUAUCUGAUGAAAAAUGAUAUAUCCACUUUGGGCUACGAAUUAACAUUCUCCACCGAAGUCCAAGAAUUUGGUGUUACCCAAAUUCGUGAUCUCAAGCCAAAUGGUCGUGAUAUUGCAGUCACCGAGGAUAAUAAGUUUGAGUAUGUGCAGCUGGUAUGCCAGCUUAAAAUGAGCGGCUCCAUCAGACAGCAAUUGGAUGCAUUCCUUGAGGGCUUUUAUGAUAUAAUUCCAAAGCAUUUAAUAUCAAUAUUCAAUGAGCAGGAAUUGGAACUUUUAAUAUCGGGUCUGCCAGACAUUGAUAUAGAAGAUCUAAAGGCAAAUACCGAAUAUCAUAAAUACACAUCGAAAUCGUCACAGAUACAAUGGUUUUGGCGUGCCUUACGCAGCUUCGAUCAAGCGGAUCGUGCUAAAUUCCUGCAAUUCGUCACUGGAACUUCUAAAGUACCGCUACAAGGCUUUGGAUCAUUGGAGGGCAUGAAUGGCAUACAAAAGUUUCAAAUACAUCGCGAUGAUCGUUCCACGGAUCGAUUGCCCUGUGCCCAUACCUGCUUCAACCAACUGGAUCUACCCAUGUACAAGUCAUACGAUAAACUACGCAGCUGUCUGCUAAAGGCCAUACACGAGUGCUCCGAGGGCUUUGGCUUUGCCUAAGCGCAGCCAGUCAGUCAGUCAGUCAGUCAGUAAAUCAGGAUAGACUUAAAACUCAGAAUUAAUUCCUAACCAUAAAGUGCGAUCAUACAAAAGAAUGAAAAAAAACUGAUAUAUAAUGAGAUCUGAUUCAACAACCACUCCAGAAGCGAACCAGCAACAUAACAUAUACGAAACAUAUAGUUAUAUAGUAUAUAUUAUACAAAAAAAAAAAAAGUGAA